AUGGAGAUGAUCGAAGACCAGCACGCAACCGCGCCGCCUCUCGCUGAAGAUGAAGAACGCUCAGCCUUCGUCAAACUCGACCCAGCAGGCUUCUUCAUUCGGCAUCCGCCUCCACCGCAUGAGCUUGACUCGUUCAUCACAGACGAUGACUCUCUGUUCCAAACGAUCCACAUGGGUGCCGCCGUCGUUGAUGAAUCGAAGUGGCGCCUGGUGGUCUCCGGUCUCGUAUCCAAUCCAUUCUCCCUCACACUUGGUCAACUCCGAAAUUUCCCCUCCGAGACUAUCACAGCAUUCAUGGAAUGCUACGGCUCACCACUCGUCCCUCCGACCAAAGCCCUCCGACGUAUCGGCAAUGUGACAUGGACAGGCGUGCCGCUUAGCACGCUCCUCUCCCAGGCCCAGCCUCAUGAAUCUGGAUCUUACGUCUGGACCACCGGCCUCGACCGCGGAGCCUUCGCCAACGUCUCCGCAGAUCGCUAUCAGAAAGACUUGCCCAUUUCUAAAGCAAUGAAUCCAGAACUGCUGGUCGCGUACGCAAUGAACGGUGAACCGCUGUCAAAGAACAGGGGUGGGCCGGUGAGGCUGGUUGUGCCCGGCUGGUUUGGCACGAAUUCCACGAAAUGGCUCUGCAAGAUCGAAGUGCAGGAUCGAAGAGCGCCGGGACCGUUCACAAUGACGUUCUAUAAUGAAAAGUAUCCGCCUGACGAUCCGCUCAACCCGUCGAAGCCAGUGUUUGGCGUACAGCCGAAUUCGAUGAUCGUGAGACCACAACCAGAUGCGAAGGUGGCAGGCCCGGAAGUAGCGGUCGAAGGCUGUGCGUGGAGUGAAGACGAGGUAGAGGCGGUAGGCGUCAGUGCUGAUGAGGGCCAGUCGUGGGUGGUCGCAGAAUUAAAGGAUCGGGAGGGAUUCAGUUGGCAAAGGUUUCGCGCGGAGCUGAAGCUGAACAAGGGCCGACAUACCUUGCUGGCGAGAUCGAAAGGUCGAGAUGGAAGAAUGCAGCCACUGGGCGAGGCGCGGAAUCAUGUCCAUAGGGUCGAGAUCGAAGUGGUGUAG